AGUCCCAAUUCAAAAUACUCAAAAUCUCUCUCGCCUCCCAAUAGCUUCUUCUUCAUUCAAUUUCAAGGUGCUUUUCCUUACCCCGGCUUCUCAUAGCCAAAUCAAUUUAGAUUCUUGUUCAAUUUCAUUUUGCAAUUGUUUUAGAAUUCGUUCUGUUUCUUUCUUUCUCCCUCAUUGGUUCAUCUUCUGAGUUGUUCAUGCUUGAUUUCUUCAUCUGUGACCUAGGGUUUUGGAUUAGGAUUAGGAUUGUUGGAUUUCCAUGGAAUUGAUGUUUAAUUCUUGCUGUUUGGUGUGUAAACAGGUAGAUCUGUGAGCUUUUUCAGCCGGCGACAAUGUCUGGACGUGGAAAGGGAGGCAAGGGACUAGGAAAGGGAGGUGCCAAACGUCACCGCAAGGUUCUCAGGGACAACAUUCAGGGAAUCACCAAGCCAGCUAUCCGGCGUUUGGCCCGUAGGGGUGGAGUCAAGCGUAUCAGCGGUCUGAUUUACGAGGAGACUCGUGGAGUGCUGAAGAUCUUUUUGGAGAACGUUAUCCGUGAUGCUGUGACUUACACUGAGCACGCUCGCCGGAAGACGGUGACCGCCAUGGACGUUGUUUACGCGCUCAAGAGGCAAGGAAGAACUCUAUACGGUUUCGGUGGUUAAGAGGCGUAUGGAAGAACAGGGGUACACUUGCAGGGAAAUCGACUGAGUCGUCUUUAGGUACUAGGGUUCUCUAGAAGUCUUGCUGUCAAGAAAAAAAUAAGAAAAAAAAUUCCUCUGUUUCUCAUUAGGGGUUAAUUUUGAUGUAAUUAGUUCACUAUAUUAGUAAGCAGUGUUGGGUGUUUCUUUUCCCAGUCCCUCUUUCUUAUGAGUGUGUUGGCCUUUUGGAUGAUUAGUUGAAUGAAUUGAACAGCUUGUUCUUUCGCAUUUUGAUCUUAGUUUGAAACUUCUGUUACAUUGUUUCUUACAGUUUCAGAACUAAUCAUUUCUUCUCUUUAAUUUAUUAGCAUUGUUUUAAAGAUAAGUACUUCGAUUGCACAAAAGCAUUGUCA